AUUAAGUGCUUUUAAGCCCCCCAAAUUCUCUUCCUUUUAAUCUUCUUCUCACUUUGUUUCCCCAUUAUAACAGUGCCUAAGUUUAACUCAGAUUUUGGUAUAAAAAUCAGGAAAGUGAAGAAAAAAAUUAAUAUGGAUGAAGAAAUGUCGAAUUCAGCACGGCGACUGUCUCUACGAACACGUAAAAUUGCUCCAAAAAUGGCUGCUGCUCUAGCCAGUUCUGAUAAUAGAACUCAGGCUAUGCUGGCACGGCUUGAUGCUUUGGAAAGUGAUAAUGCAGUAGCAGAACCACAACUACUUGAUGACGAUGAUGAAGCUUCUCUUGACGAUGAGGAUCAAGUGUCCCAUAAGAAGUACCCAAAAGGCACAAAACGGAAAACACGCCAAGCUAAGGCACUUGAGAAUAAGAGAGCCCCCAAAUCAUUCCUUGAACUCGUGAAUGAGGCAAACCUGGAGUCCUUGCCACCACAUGUGCCAACCUAUUUAAGAGCAGCAGUGGGACCACCAAGUUCCACCUCUCGUCGUCAUUUCUGCACGGUUUGUGGUUUCUCCUCAACCUAUACAUGUGUGCAGUGUGGGAUGCGCUUCUGCUCAAUCAAAUGCAAGACUAUUCACAAUGAAACUCGUUGCUUGAAAUUUGUUGCUUGAUUGGUGAGAGUUGUAACCUAAAUAUAUUGGAUGACCUGUAGCAUUUGCUAGUUUCAUGUUUAUAUAGCUUAUGUACAUAUUCAAGU